CCUUCUUCCCUUUCCUUCCCUCCCCUUCCCUCCCUCCCUCAGCCCCGCCGCUGCAGUGAGGGCACGGCCCGGCCCGGUCUCGCCAUGAAGAUGCACUUCAGCAUCACCGCCGCCGAGGAGCUGCGGGAGAGGGGCGGAGGGCGCUACGUGCUGUACUCGGUGUGCCUGGAGGGCUUCCUGCUCGGCAAGGCGCGGUACAGCCAGCUCCGGCGCUGGGACGCGGAGCUGAGGCAGCUUUUUGGGAAUGCUGUGCCUGCUUUCCCUCCAAAGUUUUACCUGGUAAUGACCAAGUCGAUGGCAGAUGAGAGACGGUCUCAGCUGGAGCAGUACCUUCAGAAUGUUACUUUGGAUUCAAAUAUUACCAAUAGUGAUGUCUUCAUAGGUUUUUUCAGAAAGCUACAGCAGGAUACAUUUAAGAUCCAAACCCAGAGAGCCUUUUUGGAUGUUUACCUCGCUGAUGGCAGCAAUAUUAGACUUGAUAUCCAGACAUCGGACACUGCAGAAAGAAUAUUAGAGGUUACAUUGUGCAAGAUGGGGCUGUCAAGAGAAUUAAUAAAAUAUUUUAGCUUAUUUUUCUUUCAAGAUCAUGAUGAUGGAGCACUCUCUGUGGUGAAAAAAGUGGCAGAAUUUGAACUUCCUUAUGUGAGUCUUCAGAGCAUGAAAGAGUUGCACUGUAAGCUUGGGAUCAGAAAGUGGUAUAUGGAUCCUUCUCUUGACACACUGCUGAUGGAUUGUAGAGCUUCACUGAAUUUGCUAUAUAUGCAGGCAAUCCAGGAAGUUAAGAGGAAUUGGGUUAAACCGACAGAAGGGCAGAUGCAGGAACUUGAAUUUCUACAAGAAAAUGCAAACAAAGCAAAGUUCCUGGAGUUGAUUCGAGAAGUGCAGUUCUAUGGAUAUGUUCGGCUUGAUCCUUGCAUUUGUGACUAUCCAGAAGGCGGCUGCUCAGCUGACAUUUAUGUCGGCAAUAAUGAGAUUAACUGCUGCAUAAAACUGCCUAUUAACCAAACCAAAGAGGUCAGCUUUAAAAUCAACAGGUUAAGAAGUUGGCAGGUUACUUUUCUUGGUGCUACAAAGGAUGGUGAAGACGACACUCUGGAGCUCAGGUUUGAGUACAAUGAUUCAGGCACAUGGCAGUGGAUAAUUUUGUACACAAAACAGGCCUUUUUGCUCAGUAGCUGCUUGAAGAAAAUGAUAUCAGAACAGAUGAUGAAGGCAUCCAAAGAAGGCCAAGAAAUGGAGAUCGAGAUGCCUAAAUCCACAAAAAAUAGUAAGAAAUCCAGCAUCCAACAAAAGCAGGUAGUUCAUUCGGGUUUUAUAUCGAGGAAAAGAUUUUUGGUUAGGCCAAAUGAAGAGGACUGUGUAUUUGAGAAAAUAAGAGAAGAGGACCUGUGAUAAUUUAUUUCAGAUACUGUCUGUCAAAAUGAAUUGUCUGGGUACAAUAAACCCAUUGUUGAAACCUUGAAUUAUAAGGGGAAAAAAAAACCCCUUCUGUGUAA